AUGGACGCUAAAGAACAGGUCAUUUCUCUUCCUCCUGUUCGAUUCUGGGGCCUAGAUCCUUUGUUUUGGACGCACAUUAAAAUGUUCGUUAAAGACGUUUACGAAUUACACGAAUGUGCUGAUUAUCGAGGUGAGGAAAUUAUUUUAUUGUUUUAUCUUAGAUCCUGCAUUGUCUCCCUGAGUGAUUUGAUGCCCCAAAAAACACCAUACCUUAGAAAGAAACAAACAGUGUUCUACGUUUGUUUCCAUUGUUUUUCAUUUGUUUUCUUUUUAUUACAAAGUGCAGUGUUGCCAGGCCAGUGGUCAGGCAUCAUCUUUUGUUUUAGGUUUCAGAUACUGUAUGACAAAUACAGCUGUCAACGGCGUCUCACGUACGACCAUGCCACAUAUAACUAAGUAUAUUCCCCGUGGUCAGAUACCCCUCUGCGACAUAAGUCUUUAACAUUUGUAUAUUGCCUAUGUUACUAGAAAAGGAAACCUGGUAAUCGAAUAAACACGACUCAUGAAUAGUCAGAGAGGGUGGAUAAACGCUGGUUUUAAAAUCACAUUUAUAGCAUUUUUUUCUCCAUUUUUAACCUAAAGGGAAAAAAUUUUCAAGAAAAGAUUGUUGCAAACUACUUUUUUUGUUUUUUUAAAAACCCUAUUCAUAUGUUGUUCAUUUAUUCUCCUUAUUCAUUCAUUCAUAUUAUUUUUGAUUGAAAUGUGCUUUGGGGGAAAUCUUUUUGUUCAAGGCUCAAGAAAGAUACUGUUGGAGACAAGUGAUAGAUUUCAUUCUCAGUACAUUCUACAACAAAAACUGACUUAAAACUUGUGUGAAACUGAAAAUCAAUUCAAAUGUGUUACAACAACAUAAGAAGAUAACUGUGAAUAGCCAAAAUGUUUUCAGAUUUUCCUUGUUACCCAGCAGCAUCUUGAUUUUGGUGCUAAACUCCAUACAAUUCUUGUUAUUAAUGUGAGUUUUAGGGUUUUGAAAUUUUUAUACCUAUUUAAAUUUUAUCUCUGGAUUCAUUUUUCCUUUGCAAAGCUCACCUAAUAAAAAUUAUUAUAUCAUAAAGAUUUACAAGAUUUUGUGGGUGAAAUAUACUAGAAUAUAACCUUCAUGUACAAGUACUCAUGGGUACACUCAAGUAGUUUGCAGUGGACUCUGGUGUUUCACUUUACCCUUGAACAACAAGUAAAACGUACAUGUAGUUUUGCACUAAAUGGAUAUACUCUAGCCACCCUGGCCCCAGGUAUUCAAAAGGUGGAUAAAAUAAUAACUAUCUAGUGGAUUAUAAUGCAGUAUUGUUGGCUUCUCUAAUACAUAUCCACUGGAUAGUGAUUUAUCCAAAGUUUGAACAGUCAGGCUCUGGAUGUUAUGGGUUGGAACAUUGGGCAUCCUACAAUAUUUUUCUUGGAGUACAACCUUGUGUGCUGUACUUCUAGCUCAUAUGCCUUUUUAUGGAGAGGUGAUAAAUGUUACUAAAACUAACCUUUUUAAAUUUAAAAAAUAUUUCUUAAAUUAUCAGGAAAAAAACAGGAAGUAGAAUUGAAGUAAAUAGAGUAGUUUUUACUCACCUAAAGUGUCUUGCUGUAAAAUCUGUUCUCACCUUAAAACUCGUAUUCAGCCUAGGUUAAUUCAGAAUUUUAAUUUCUUUGUUUGUAGAAAAACAAAGGAAUUAAAUUCUACGUAGCUCUUUAUUAUUCAUAACAGAUGAAGGAAAUUCUUGUUUGACCUGAGAGUGUUACUAGAAAUAAAUGUGACUAGAAUUUUAAUAUAUAUAUUCAAAUAUUUUGAUAAUAUUAUUGAAACUGUUACCUUUCCGUUUAGGAGUCUUUUGUUAUGCUAAUAACCACCCAGUCAUAAGGGUGGAAGUUCUUGGACAUAUUGUUAGCAUAGAUGAAAAGGAGAAACUAACUAGUUAUGGAGGUACAUUUAUUUUAUGACUUACUAUAAUUUUAGCAUGUGCAUUCUCAAUAUAUUCUUGACAUAUUUUCUGUCAUUUAAUCUGAAGAAAAUCUGUUGACAGUUGAUACCUAAAUAUCGUUGAUUAUCAUGACCUAGUAAUUUGUUAUUGGCAAGGUGAAACAAAAUGAAACAAAGCUGUGAAUUUAAUCCUUCACGUAAUCUUUCCAUAUUAUAGAAUAGAAUGAGGUCAAGUUUGUUGCUCUCCGGUUUAUGAAUAAACUACCCUGUCCAAUAAUCCAUGUCCCUCAAAAAUAGCUGCAAAAAAUAACCCACUACAGGGCUUACAACAAAGAUAACCAUAUUUCCUCAAACAAGUGCCUGACUUAUUUAAAAUUUUCGCUAAAAUUAUGGAGGGGCAUUUUGGAAGAGGCCAGGUGGUUUUUUAAGUUUUCCUUUCAACGAACGGUAAUUUUAUUGUGGCUAAUUCUUAAUACAAAAAAAAAAAAAAAACUGCAUCAUCCACAUUAACAUCAAGUCAAUAUUUAAAUGUCUCUUUUUUGUUAAAACAGUCACGUGGCUGGUAGUCAAGCAUACCAUACUUAUAUUGAUUAUCUCAUCAUCCUCAAGAUUGAUAUGCAGGUCUUUGCGUCCCUCUAACUUGUAUCCCUAUUAUUUUAAUAAAGUGAUGGAGAGGUGACUGGGGGAGGCUUACUUGAGAAGGGUGCUUAAUAUAAGUUUGAUAUUAUGGCGUAGGGGUUGGGUGCUUAUUUGGGGGAAGGCGCUUAUUCAAGGAAAUAUCAAUACAAAUCAUGCUAUUAUUUGUUUAUACUACUACCCACAAAAGGUUUUUUAAUUUUCACAAGUAGGUAUUUCAAAUUAAGCUGAAAUACCACUGCUCAAAGCCAAUCAAAUUGCAGAAAUUUCUCAUGUAGUAGUAUAUUGUUAAUUUGUAGUUGAUGAUGGCAGUGGAACAAUUUUGUGCUGUAAGUGGCACCCAGCUGCAUCAGAUCUGAAGAGCACCUGCAGUGGUAACAGGGAAUUGUACAAUCUAGGGCAACUGGUGACUGUACAAGGAAAGAUUUCUACAUUCAGAGAGCAAAGGCAACUUACUGUUGAUUUUAUCUGUAUCCAUUUCCUUAUUAAAGAUUAGUUUGUUACUUGUAAAUCUGAGGAAUCCUACAAUACCAUAAAUCCUCUAUUAAGCCCCCCAUCUCAAAUAAGCCUCAUCCCUCUAGUAAGCCACCCCUCCCCCUUUUCAGGGGAAGAAAGGUAAAAAGCUCCCCUCCCCUCUGCUAAAUAUUCUUCACUAAAAUACCUAUAGACUGUAUAAAUAAAUCACGGCUGUAAAACUUCGUGUGGACUGAUCCAGGAUGGCUUAUUUACCAACUGGAAGUUCAAAUUUGAUUCUGAUUUUAGGCUGCAUGACCUCCAACCUUCUUUUACUUGUCAUGAGCUCUUCUACUUUGUAUUCUAGUUCUUCAUGGAGAAUUGAUACCAGCGUCUUUUCCAAAUUAAAUAAGCCCCCUGUCUCUAUUAAGCCCCCCCCCUUCAAAUGGGCUUCAAAUAGAUAAGCCUCUGGGGGAUUAAUAGAGGAUCCCUGGCAUUAAAACAUUACAUAAACUCUUUCACUUGCUAUAGACAUGAGAAAAAGAAAGAAAUUUACAUUAUCAUUUCUCUCUUGCGAUUUUUACAUGUUAAACUUUUCUUUUUAAAAAUGUUUAGCCUUAACAAUAUUCAGAUGCAGAAUCAGACCCUAAUGUUGAAGUUUUGUUUUGGUUAGAAGCCAUCAAUCUUGGCAACAACAUUUACAGUAAAAAAUCCUUCACAAAUUCCCUCAAGAAUCCUCCUGCGGGAAUUGAUGAGUUGACAAAGGAAGAGGAACUGAAGAGGGCCAUUUUACAACAGAUUAAAGAGAAUAAAAUAGUGGCAUUCCAGUUUAGAACCUUGUGCCUAGACCCAGAUAUACAACAGAUAGCUUCUGAGGCUGUCAGCCAGAAAUCUACAGACCAGGUAUUCAUAUCCUCAAACUUAUCGAUAAGCCAAUAAGAGAAAAGAAAACUAAAUCACUACCGCUGUAAGUAGGACCUACGAAAAUGCAACUCAUAUCAUCGCGUGAUUUGCCUUAGGUGUUGUGACCAGGGAACAUAAAUGUCCUCUGAUUGAGAGCUUUUGCUUUCAAUUUCUUCCAUGAUCAUUAUUUUGGUUUAAAACAUUAUGUUUGACAAGGUGUUACAUUUUGUCCACACACCUCUAACUUAUUGUUAUAAAACAAAGAUAUGAUUUUCAAAUAUAUUAUUGCUUAAAUUGCAAUUUACCACUGCAAUGAUCGUAUCCUCAUUCAAAAAUUUAUAUUUCCGAAGUUCACAUCAUCUUGAUUCUACCUCUAACUUAGUUGUCUUGUUUGUUUAACCCACUUCUGUCCAAUUUUUUUUUUUAUUCCACUGAAACAAGUAUUUUUAUUCCAUGAUUCUUAUUCCUUUCAAAGCCCCAGGGUAAAAAGCUGGAUCGAUCGUAUGAGAUGAAGAAAGUUGUCAGGCAAGUGAUUAAAGAUCUUGAGAGAGCUGGAUUGGUGUAUUUUAAAGACUCACGAACAGAUCUUUACGAGGUAAAAUACUAAUCUUCACCUCACAAAACUAGCAUUAUUCAUAUGAAUUCUUACUUAUGUUAAAUCUGUUUCCUGAUGAUUUCUUUGGAUUGGUGGCUGGGCUUUCAGUUUAAAGGUUGAUUUUGUUCAUACCGUUUAAGAACAUUUCAGUUAUAUCCACUUGCUUCUCUGUGUCAGUAUUUGCAAAUCUUCAUCAGCAGCUGUUUUUAAAAAACAUUUGAAGACUUAUCUUUUAAAGAAACCUGUGACUUUUAACUUUUAUUUCUAGUACACGUAUUUACAUUUUAUAAAUAGGUAAAUACAUCUUCAGGUAUUUUUAGAUUUUUAACUUUUAUUUUGUGUAUAUGACUGUAUUUGAAAAUAUUUUUACGCUUUGUAAUGAAUUUAUCUCGCAAUUUUUAGCUUUUAGUUUUUAGGUUAGCAUAAUCAUUGUAAACCGCUAUGAAACAGUUUCUCAAUAGUGCUAUGUAGAUAAUAUUAUUAGUUGUUAUUAUUAUUAUUUACAGUUUCAGAUCAAACAUUUAACAUUCCUAUGCUGUCUGUUUAAUAUUUUUUUUUCUCAUCUAUUUAAUCGAUUAAGGAAUCCAUCUUUGGACUUUUCUCUACCAUUUAACCCGUUUAAACACUCUUAUUACUGACAACAACAGUUACUGACUAUUUUAAUUUGCUAGGUCAUUAGUCAUGAACAUAACCUGGGACCAGCCAUCAUAAAAGCCAUGAGGAAAGUUGCAGGUGAUUGAAAAUUCCAAAAAAAUAAUGUGAUGGUCAUACACUCAGGCAACCGAACUCUCCCUAAGACAGCAACCAUUGGGACCAGCGCUGAUGUGUCUGUCUUAGGGAGUAGUACAUCUUAUAGAGAGUCAACUAAAAAGAAUAAAGAAAGGCAGAGACCAACUCUAGGCAUCCAUUUUACUGAGAUGUCCCACUUAAAGAGGUGUCUGUUAAGAAAGAGUUGACCGUACUUUAACAGUAACAGCAUGCAAAGAAAGUCAUGUCCCAUAGCCCGGGGUUAGUGGAUUUUAAGAUUGGGGUAGUUAUUUUUAUUCUUAAUUUGCCCGAUGGGCAAGUGAAUUUUUUUACGGAAUUCAAAUCACAAAAGAACUGUUAUCAACCCUGCUCAUCAACAGGCUAGUUGAAAUGACUAAACCAACAUACAUUUACAGCAACUCUACCCCAAAUGAUGAAGAAUGCAAAAUCUAAAAUAACAAAUCAACCUUAUAUGAACUAAAAUAAUAAUUACAACCUUUUAGAAAAUAUUGAUCCCGCUAAUUUAAGUUUUAAAAUAUGUUCAUGUAAUUUGUAAUUGUAAGAAAAGCAAAAACAGUAGAGUUUGAAAAAAUAAUCCAGUUUCAAAAAAUGAAACUGAUUUGAAAAUUGAACCACAACAUAUACAUAUCUUAUUGAUCCUUGCCCACAAAAUAGCCUAGCUAAAAAAAAGAAAAGUGAAAAAAACAAUUAGGGUUGAAAUAGUCAUGACAAUAAGGAAAAACAGAUACACAAACAUCAACUUUUGAGUUGUUUGCUUUUCCAGACUUAAUUAUAAGAUUAUUUCAACCCAAAAUUCACUCACUCAGAACGCACGUUAACUCGCUCAGAGCACACUUAAAUUAUUGGCACCCUGGAUUUCCCAGAUGCAUCCAACCCUACAGUUACCAUAAAUCCUCUAUUAAAUCCCCUCUUUCAAAUAAGCGCCCACAUUGUUUUUAGAGAAGAGUGUUGCCAGUAUAAUUAUCAGUCAGUUUUUCAGAUAAUCAGUGAGUCAGCCAAACAGAAAUCAAUGGUACGUCCACUAAUGUCUUCUAACUUGCUUUUUGUUAUGUUUAGCCCCAUCAGGUUCACCAGUGUCCAAAUGGGCCAUCAUGGAUGUUCUUCAUUCUUCUCACAAGUUUCAUCAUGUGACAUUGCAUCAAAUAGAAGACUCGCUUGAUAAACUCUUACAGGGCAGUGAUAUUUACAGACACAGUGAACAUCAAUACUGUUUAGUAUGA